GGGGCGAGAGGAAGGAAGAGGAUCUUCGUUCCCGCCCGGAGGCUCGGUACCCCUGGGCCGCCUUCCUCCCGCGCCCGCCUGCGCUCGCGCCGCCGCAGCUUCUGGAGGGUCUCGCGCCAGCUGCCGGCGCCCAGGGAUGAACCGGGCCCUCACUCUGGAAGGUCGGGCGGCGAGCAGCAACGAAGGCUGAACCCUCAGCGGCAGCAUGAGAGCGGGCACCGCCGCUCCGGGCUUGCGGCCGCGCGGCGGGCGGCGGCGGCUCUGCCGGCGCUCGCCAUGGGCGCGCGGUGGGGCCGGCAGCGCACUCGGCGUGGAGGCCUGAGGCUGUCCGAGGCCCAGUUGGCGCUGAUGGCCGCCAGCCUGGUGUGCAGCGCCGUGGUCGUCUAUGUUUGCUGGAAGCAGCUGCCGCCGCUGCCCUGGGCCUCCUCCGUCCCGCCGCGGCGGGUGAGCGUGCUGCUGUGGUGGGAGCCCUUCGGGGGCCGGCACAGAGCCAAAAGGCCGCCCGCUGAUUGCCGGCUGCGCUUCAACAUCAGCGGCUGCCGCCUGCUCACUGAUCGCGCGGCCUCCGGGGAGGCCCAGGCGGUGCUUUUCCACCACGGAGACUUGGUGAAGGGACCCCCGGACUGGCCCCCGCCCUGGGGCGUCCACGUGCGCCCGGCGGAGGAGCAGCAGGUGCUGAUCGACGACGAGGAGAAAGCCGCGGAGGCCUUAGCCCUGGCUGAGCGCUGGGUGUGGAUGAACUUCGAGUCACCCACCCACUCCCCGGGGCUGCAGAGCCUGGCACGUAACCUCUUCAACUGGACGCUCUCCUACCGGGCCGACUCGGACAUCUUCGUGCCUUACGGCUACCUCUACCCUAGGACCCAUCCCAGCGAGCAGCCGGCGGGUCUGGUCCCGCCGCUGGCCCGGAAACAAGGGCUGGUGGCCUGGGUGGUGAGCAACUGGGACGAGCGCCAGGCGCGGGUCCCCUACUACCGCCAGCUGAGCCAGUACGUGACCUUGGACCUCUUCGGCAAGGGCGGGCCCGGGCAGCCGCUGCCUGACGUCGGGCUUCUGCACACAAUCAAUUAUAAAGUGAAAGAGUAAAAAGGUUUUAAUCCCUUUAAUAACAGAAAUACAUGGCCCCAAUAAAGAAAUCUAAAAAUGAUAUGCAUGCAA